GCUUGUGACAACUGAGUAUAUUCUUCUAUGUUUUUUUCAGCGUUUGCAACGAUGUUAAUUUCAUUUGUAAUGAAUUCUCUUUUUUGGGGGUUUGUGUCUUCGUCGGAGACUAAAGAUCCCCAGGAUGUCCAGAGCUCCGGGGACAACUGUCUCACGUCACUUUGGACCAACAGGAUCUACGUUUAUUCAGCUGCUGCACUGGUUUUUGGGACCUGGUUCUUACUGAAGGUGGCACUCAAGAAAAUAAAGUUCACUGAAGCUGCUGGUUCACGGGACUCCAAAGCUGCAAAGAACAAGAGGCGCUCUGACAAAGAUCCAGAGGUUUACGUGUCAGGAGUUAAAAUCUUCUUCGGCUCACAAACUGGAGCAGCAAAGGGUUUUGCUAAAGAGCUGUCAGAGGAGGUGGAGGCUUUAAGAAUACCAGCUGAGGUGAUCGACAUGAAGGACUACGAUCCAGAUGAUCGACUCGCAGACGAGAGCAAGGUGGAGGAAGACGAAGAAGGUCAGAUGGUGAAGCUGUCCAAACUGAACGGCGUGAACAAGAUUGAGGACGGAGAGGAAAGAAGAGAAAUGAUCACUCCUGCUCUGAGAGAAGCACUGACAAAGCAAGGAUAUAAACUAAUUGGAAGCCACUCAGGAGUCAAGCUGUGUCGAUGGACCAAGUCCAUGUUGAGAGGGAGAGGAGGUUGUUACAAGCACACUUUCUACGGUAUCGAGUCCCACCGGUGCAUGGAGACGACCCCCAGCCUGGCCUGCGCUAACAAGUGCGUCUUCUGCUGGAGACAUCACACCAACCCAGUGGGCACAGAGUGGCGCUGGAAAAUGGACCCUGCUGAGAAGAUCCUGCAGGAAUCGUUAGAGAAGCACCAGAACAUGAUACGGCAGUUCAGAGGUGUCCCUGGAGUCAAACCCGAUCGGUACGAGGAGGGUUUGGCAGUGAAACACUGUGCCCUCUCCCUGGUGGGAGAGCCAAUCAUGUAUCCUGAAAUCAACGCCUUCAUUCGCCUCCUCCACCUCCAUCACAUCUCCAGUUUCCUCGUCACCAACGCUCAGUUCCCCGAGGAAAUCAGUGAUCCUAAAGGUGAGGAAUCAGCCCAGAACUACACGGAGGAGCUGGUGACCUGA